GCGGCAGCUGGUCUCAAGAGCCGAGAGCUUGCGAGGGCCUUGGCGGGUUGCGGCGGCGCCGGGGCGGUGAGGGUCGGCCGUCUGUGGUCGGGCUGCGGGCGGCUCGGGCAGGUCGCGGGCGCCACAGGUGGAAGAAGAAAGGUGCCACUUUGGCAUGAAGAUAGACUCACUUAGACGUCAAUCUUUUAAGCUGAGUGCAUUGUGAUUUCCAAUAAUUGAGGCAGUGGUUCUAAAAGCUGUCUACAUUAAUGAAAAGAGCAAUGUGGCCAGCUUGACUAAGCCGCCAGUGUGUGCAGCGCGGGCAGGACGCCACCGGGUCUCGACGGACUUGUGCAUGUUAGCAGUAUAGAUUUAUGUAAGGUGGUUUAAAACUCUGGUGUUUUAAAAUAGUCUUAACUGCUCAUAAUAUGGAGACAUAUGAGAGUCCCUCUCCUCUCCCGCGUGAGCCCGCAGGAGAAGCGAUGAUGGAGAACCGAGCUUGCCCCUUCCAAGUGCUGCCCCAUGAACAGUCUCCACCACCUCCCCUGCAAACGUCCAGUGAUGCAGAGGUAAUGGACGUUGGCUCUGGUGGUGAUGGACAGUCCGAACCUCCUGCCGAGGACCCUUUCAACUUCUACGGAGCUUCUCUUCUCUCCAAAGGAUCCUUCUCUAAGGGCCGCCUCCUCAUAGACCCGAACUGUAGUGGCCACAGCCCGCGCACUGCCCGGCACGCACCCGCAGUCCGGAAGUUCUCCCCUGACCUUAAGUUGCUUAAGGAUGUAAAGAUUAGUGUGAGCUUUACUGAGAGCUGUAGGAGUAAGGACAGGAAGGUGCUGUACACAGGAGUAGAACGCAGCACUCGGGCUGAAUGUAGCCUGCUCCUUAGUCCUGUCAGUGGGGACGUGCAUGCUUGUCCCUUUGGCGGGAGUGUUGGUAAUGGGGUAGGCCUAGGGGGUGAGAGUGCAGAUAAGAAGGAUGAGGAAAAUGAGCUGGAUCAGGAAAAGAGAGUGGAGUACGCAGUGCUCGAUGAGUUAGAAGAUUUUACUGACAAUUUGGAGCUAGAUGAAGAAGGAACAGGCGGGUUCACGGCUAAAGCAAUCGUUCAAAGAGACAGAGUGGAUGAAGAGGCCUUGAAUUUCUCCUAUGAGGAUGAAUUUGACAAUGAUGUGGAUGCUUUGCUAGAAGAAGGUCUUUGUGCUCCCAAAAAGAGGCGGAUGGAGGAAAAAUAUGGCGGAGACAGUGAUCAUCCAUCUGAUGGAGAGACAAGUGUGCAGCCAAUGAUGACCAAGAUUAAAACAGUGCUCAAGAGUCGUGGCCGUCCACCUACAGAACCAUUGCCUGAUGGAUGGAUCAUGACUUUUCAUAACUCUGGAGUUCCUGUAUACCUGCAUAGAGAGUCUCGAGUGGUCACCUGGUCCAGACCCUACUUCUUGGGAACGGGAAGCAUACGGAAACAUGAUCCUCCUCUAAGCAGUAUCCCCUGUCUGCAUUACAAGAAAAUGAAGGAUAAUGAGGAACGGGAGCAAAACUGUGAUCUCACACCCAGUGGGGAGGUGUCACCUGCCAAGCCCCUGGGUCGAUCUGCAGAGUUGGAUUUCCCUUUGGAAGAGCCUGACUCCAUGGGUGGAGACUUGGGGUCCUUGGAUGAGAAGGACCCACUGGGGGCUGAGGCAGCCCCUGGAGCCUUGGGACAAGUGAAAGCUAAAGUUGAGGUUUGCAAAGAUGAAUCAGUUGAUCUAGAAGAAUUUCGUACCUACCUGGAGAAGCGUUUUGACUUUGAGCAAGUAACUGUGAAAAAAUUUAGGACUUGGGCUGAGCGCCGCCAGUUCAACCGUGAGAUGAAGCGGAAGCAGGCAGAGUCAGAGAGGCCCAUUCUGCCAGCCAACCAGAAGCUCAUCACUUUAUCUGUGCAAGAUGCACCUACAAAGAAAGAGUUUGUCAUCAAUCCUAAUGGGAAAUCCGAGGUCUGCAUCCUGCACGAAUACAUGCAGCGUGUCCUCAAGGUCCGCCCUGUUUAUAAUUUCUUUGAAUGUGAGAAUCCAAGUGAGCCUUUUGGUGCCUCCGUGACCAUUGAUGGUGUGACUUACGGAUCUGGAACUGCAAGCAGCAAAAAACUUGCGAAGAAUAAAGCUGCCCGAGCCACACUGGAAAUUCUCAUCCCAGACUUUGUUAAACAGACCUCUGAGGAGAAGCCCAAAGACAGUGAGGAACUGGAGUAUUUUAACCACAUCAGUAUUGAGGAUUCACGAGUCUACGAACUGACCAGCAAGGCCGGACUGUUGUCUCCGUAUCAGAUCCUCCAUGAGUGCCUUAAAAGAAACCAUGGAAUGGGUGACACAUCCAUCAAGUUUGAAGUGGUUCCUGGGAAAAACCAGAAGAGCGAAUAUGUCAUGGCGUGUGGCAAACACACAGUGCGCGGGUGGUGUAAGAAUAAACGAGUUGGGAAACAAUUAGCCUCUCAGAAAAUCCUUCAGCUGCUGCACCCACAUGUCAAGAAUUGGGGGUCCUUACUGCGCAUGUAUGGCCGUGAGAGCAGCAAAAUGGUGAAGCAGGAGACCUCUGACAAGAGUGUGAUAGAGCUACAGCAGUAUGCCAAGAAGAACAGGCCCAACCUUCACAUCCUGAGCAAGCUGCAAGAGGAAAUGAAGAGGCUGGCUGCAGAGCGGGAGGAGACUCGGAAGAAGCCCAAGAUGUCAAUUGUAGCAUCUGCCCAGCCUGGUGGUGAGCCCUUGUGCACAGUGGAUGUAUGAGGUAGGCGGCAUGGGCCAACAGUGCUUCCCAGGAGACCAUUCAGCAACACAUCACUGCAGCACCAGGCCUCCAACCUAAGUUCCCUUCCUGUGGCAAUGUCUGGGCUUUGCUCUGACAUGCAGGGACAGCUGUGACCCUACAGCACACGUACAAAGAAGCAGUUCUUCUGGAAGCUGCUCUCAAUGUGACUUGAUAUAUUUAAGGAUCAGCUAUAAGUAACUGCACAAGUGGAAGCUGAUAGCCAGCUGUAGAUCCUGCUUGUACGUAUCUGCUGCAGACUGUUUUUAUGAAGGUUUCCAUGAAUUUUAGUACACUAUAUGCACUGACAAGAACUGAUACUUGGUGGAUAGAUGAGAUGACCAGGUUUUAUAGCUUUGGCUGGCCUAUGAUGCCAGGUAGUCCUUCUGCUCAUAGUUCCUUCUGGUGGAGCCACUGAGACCUGGUCAGAAGGUACAGGUAUCCUGUACUGUAGUAUUAACUGCUUUGUGUGUUUCCCAUUUUCCUCUGAAAAAGUUGUAACAGAAAUGGUGAUUUUAGGCUAUUUUGGCUUAAAAUAAAACAAAAUUUUAGCACCAGAACAGAGAUUGCACAGUGAAGAUACUGAACUGUCAAGAAUCUGAGUGUUAAUCUGAUUGGCUCUUGGGUUGCAGUCUACUUUUUGUGAUGAUGUCUUAAUGCCCUAAAAGGUGUCUUCUGGAUACCCAAGCUCUCCCACCUUCGAUAAACUCUAGCAAGUUUUUUACAUAGAUUUUUGCACAAUCAAGUCCAUCUCUGCUGAUCAAUUUUUUUAAAGCUUUUGAGAAUUUAGAAAGAAACUUUUACAGUGAGAAUAGAAGACUGGUUCAGAGUCAUGCGUUUCAACAGAUGGACUUGUGUAAAGGAAACAGGGCUGUCAGUGUAGCCCAUCACUGACCAAGAGCUGGCACUGCACAUAAGUAGUUUUGACUUCUCUGUAUUUAGGAGUGGCUGCUCUGUGCAGCCAGGCCUGAUGUCAGUUUUAGUUUUUGUCUACCCAUGCUCUCUGGCUAGUCAUGGAGAUGGGUAUUGAGUAGAGGUAUAUUGAGAGCCCUGUACCUGAAGAUAUAUGGUGUGUGUUGUCACAAAGAUGGGAUAACAGCUAUCCCAAUACUAUAUUUCUCCCCCCAUUACCUGUGUGCAGCAGUUAACUUCUGUGUUAAUCUAGGCAAAAAGAAUCCUCCAAAUCAAGGAGCACCUGAUUUCUUCUUUCUUGCCUCUGAUUCAUAGUUGUAAUCAGCCUUUUGACUGACUGUUGCCCUUAAAACAGAUUUGCUAUUGAGAAAGCCUUGAGCACAUGGGCAUGGUGAUCUCUCUAUAGUCCCAUUUGCCCAGGCAAUGUCUAACAGGUGCUGCCAUAACACUCCAGGUCUCCAGUGCCCUCCCCCUGUCUCUUAUAGGCAGGUGAAUUUUUAAAGUACAGCAGCCAUGCUACAAUGC